AGUUUCACUCUUGUUGCCCAGGCUGGAGUGCAAUGGUGGGAUCUCUGCUCACUGCAACCUCCACCUCCUGGAUUCAAGCGAUUCUCCUGCCUCAGCCUCCUCAGUAGCUGGGGAUUACAGGCACACGCCACCACACCCAGCUAAUUUUGUAUUUUUUAGUAGAGGCGGGUUUCUCUGUGUUGGUCAGGCUGGUCUUGAACUCCUGACCUCAAGUGAUCCGCCCGCCUUGGCCUCCCAAAGUGCUGGGAUUAUAGGUGUGAGCCACCACACCCGGCCUCCAACAUUUCAUUGUGAAAAACUUCAAACAUACAGCAAUGUUGAAAAUGCUCUGUGAGGCAAUGUGAAAUGCAAUGUGAAAAUGCUUUGGGAGGCCGAGGAGGGCGGAUCACAAGGUCAGGAGUUCGAGACCAGCCUGACCAACGUGGAGAAACCCCAUCUCUACUAAAGAUAGAAAAAUUAGCUGGGCAUGUGGUGGGCACCUGUAGUCCCAGCUCCUCGGGAGGCUGAGGCGGGAGAAUUGCUUGAACCUGGGAGGCGGAGGUUGCAGUGAGCCUAGACUGUGCCAUUGCACUCCAGUCUGGGCGACAGAGCGAGAUUCCAUCUCAAAAAAAAAAAAAUUAAUUAAAUUCCUUCUCCCCCAAGCACAAGUCUGUGGGACUUUUUCACAUCUUUAAGUUUUGUUACAAAAGUGUUGUGUUUACUAUAACAAAUUUUAAUAGUAGAAAAGUUAGAGCCGGGCACGGUGGCUCACGCCUGUAAUCCCAGCACUUUGGGAGGCCGAGGCGGGCGGAUCAUGAGGUCGGGAGAUCGAGACCAUCCUGGCCAACACGGUGAAACCCCGUCUCUACUAAAAAUACAAAAAAAUUAGCCAGGCGUGGUGUUGGGCGCCUGUAGUCCCAGCUACUCGGGAGGCUGAGGCAGGAGAACGGCGUGAACCCGGGAGGUGGAGCCUGCAGUGAGCUGAGAUCGCGCCACCGCACUCCAGCCUGGGCAACACAGCGAGACUCCUUCUCAAAAAAAAAGAAAAAGAAACCCUGGCCUAACCCAAGCAGGCACUCCAGGUGCUCUGCGGGGACCAGAGUGGGGCCUGAAUGGCCGGGGUGUCGCCCUGGGUUGAUGGGGGACACAGAGCCCACCUGAGCGCCAGAGCUGCGCUUCAGGAAUGACUGUGGGCCCUGUCCCCAGGCAGGUACGUGAGCUUCACAGAACGCAGGGACAGGCCUCUGGCCAUGGCCAGCCUUGGAGAAGCCACUCUGACCUCAGCCCCUCCCUGUGCACCUGUGUGUGGUCUGCCCGCUGCCUGGCGCCUCAUUCCAGGGCUGCCCAGCUGGUCCCCAGAGUUCUCCCAGGGCUCCCACCCUGAUAUCCUCCUAACUGGGGCCAGGCCUGGGGACACCCCUCUACCCCAUCCUCUUGCCUAAAUCUCCCCCAGGAGCCCAGUACCUGCUCAACAGAUACCCAGGAUGUCCCCCACUUCCUGCCUUAACUGGGCUCUCUUCCCUGCAGACCUUGCCUCCCCAGGCCUUGGAGACCCACCCUUCUGGUGUCCUCCUCUCUUCCUAGUGGACCUCAGGCUGCAGGUCUCUGAAGGUCGGCCUGCAGAUCUCCCUGGACUACUGGUGGUGCACCAAUGUUGUCCUUCGAGGGGUGGAAGAGCCCAGGCUACUUGGAGGUGAUGUCUGCGUGUCACCAGCGGGCGGCUGAUGCCCUGGUGGCAGGGGCCAUCAGCAACGGGGGCCUCUACGUGAAGCUGGGCCAGGGGCUGUGCUCCUUCAACCACCUGCUUCCCCCUGAGUAUACCCGGACCCUGCGCGUGCUAGAGGACAGGGCCCUCAAGCGGGGCUUCCAGGAGGUGGACGAGUUGUUCCUUGAGGACUUCCAGGCCCUCCCCCACGAGCUCUUCCAGGAGUUUGACUACCAGCCAAUUGCUGCCGCCAGCCUGGCACAGGUGCACAGAGCCAAGCUGCACGAUGGCACCAGCGUGGCCGUGAAGGUGCAGUACAUCGACCUGCGGGACCGCUUCGAUGGGGACAUCCACACCCUGGAGCUCCUGCUGCGGCUCGUUGAGGUCAUGCACCCCAGCUUUGGCUUCAGCUGGGUCCUCCAGGACCUGAAGGGGACCCUGGCCCAGGAGCUGGACUUCGAGAAUGAGGGCCGCAACGCAGAGCGCUGUGCGCGGGAGCUGGCGCACUUCCCCUACGUCGUGGUGCCCCGCGUGCACUGGGACAAGUCCAGCAAGCGCGUGCUCACUGCCGACUUCUGCGCCGGCUGCAAGGUCAACGAUGUGGAGGCCAUCAGGAGCCAGGGGCUGGCGGUGCAGGACAUAGCGGAAAAGCUCAUCAAGGCCUUUGCUGAGCAGAUAUUUUACACGGGCUUCAUCCACUCGGACCCACAUCCUGGCAACGUUCUGGUGCGGAAAGGCCCGGACGGGAAAGCGGAGCUGGUGCUGCUGGACCACGGGCUCUACCAGUUCCUGGAGGAGAAGGACCGCGCAGCCCUCUGCCAGCUGUGGCGGGCCAUCAUCCUGCGGGACGACGCCGCCAUGAGGGCGCACGCAGCCGCGCUGGGGGUGCAAGACUACCUCCUGUUCUCCGAGAUGCUCAUGCAACGCCCCGUGCGCCUGGGGCAGCUGUGGGGCUCGCACCUACUGAGCCGCGAAGAGGCGGCCUACAUGGUGGACAUGGCCCGUGAGCGCUUCGAGGCCGUCAUGGCGGUGCUCAGGGAGCUGCCGCGGCCCAUGCUGCUGGUGCUGCGCAACAUCAACACCGUGCGCGCUAUCAACGUGGCCCUCGGCGCCCCCGUGGACCGCUACUUCCUUAUGGCUAAGAGGGCUGUCCGGGGCUGGAGCCGCCUGGCGGGCGCCACGUAUCGGGGUGUCUACGGCACCAGCCUCCUGCGCCAUGCCAAGGUCGUCUGGGAGAUGCUCAAGUUUGAAGUGGCACUCAGGCUGGAGACCUUGGCCAUGCGGCUGACCGCCCUCCUGGCUCGUGCUCUGGUCCACCUGAGCCUCGUGCCCCCAGCGGAGGAGCUCUACCAGUACCUGGAGACCUAGGGUGCAGCCGCCCAGGGGCGGCUGGGCCCUUUUCGCCAUGGGCUGACGGAGGUGGCGGGG